AUGGCCUCAGCACCUUCCAGCGACAACCCGCGGGCCUCGCGACCGAGCAAUGUCGAUGAGACAAUCCCGACCCGAGAUAGCAGUGUGACACGUGUCGAUCGGAGCUUCGACAGCGAGAAACCACAACAGCCUCUAGGAGAAAAGUCCGAGGAUGCGCCAUCCGGGGGCUUCUUCGAAGACGGCCCGGGUCGGGACGAAGAAGCAGAGGGCACUCGCAACCGCGAAGACCUAGCUAGGGCAGAGAGUAGCAAGCAGCCUGAGUACACACCCGAUGGAAAGCGUAUCAUCACCGAGGAUGAGUGCUAUCAUUUACUGGGAUACUCGUGGCCCGCAUGGAAAAAGUGGAUGCUUCUCUCCUCCAUCUUUGCCGUACAAGUGUCGAUGAACUUCAACACGAGUGUCUUCCCUAGCGCUGUUGCUCCUAUCAGCGAGGAGUUCCAUGUCAGUGAGCAAGCUGCACGUUCUGCGCAAUGUGCGUUCUUAGUUCUCUACGCUUUUGGAUGUGAGCUGUGGGCUCCUUGGAGUGAAGAGUUUGGACGAUGGAAAAUCCUGCAAUGCUCCUUGUUUCUUGUCAACAUGUGGCAGAUUCUUGCCGCACGAGCUCCCAAUUUCGGCAGUAUAGUCGUCGCUCGAGCCCUGGGAGGUCUCAGCUCAGCCGGGGGUAGUGUGACACUCGGUAUGGUUGCCGAUCUUUAUCAGCCCGAGGAACAGCAAUGGGCCGUACUGUUCGUCGUCCUGUCUUCCGUUCUCGGAACGUCGGUCGGACCCGUUGCUGGGGGACCCAUUCAAAAGUUCCUCCCAUGGUACUGGAACCUAUGGAUCCAGAUGAUCUUUGGUGUUGUCGUCCAAGCCGUUCACUUCUUCAUGCCCGAGAGCCGCUCCACGAUCAUCAUGGACAAAGAAGCAAAGCGCCGACGCAAGUCGGGAGAAGACACAAACAUAUAUGGGCCAAAUGAGGUCAAGAAGCCUCGUCUUUCGAUGCACGAGUUUGCCAUCACAUGGAUGCGCCCCUUUGAGAUGUUUCUUAGGGAGCCAAUCGUUCUCUCCUGCUCUCUUCUCUCGGGGUUCUCUGAUGCCCUAAUCUUUACUUUCCAAGAGGGCUUUACGCCAGUCUUCAACAAGUGGGGUUUCGGAACUUUGCAAAAGGCUUGGGCAUUCAUCCCCAUCAACAUCGGCUACAUCCUCGCAUACAUCUCCUAUGUGCCAUGGAUCAUCAGAGACCACCGUGUUAUCAAGGCGAAGGGUCCUGACGCACUCGUCCCUGAGCGCCGCUUGAAGUGGUUGUUGUACCUUGCUCCUCUCGAGACUAUCGGUCUCUUUGGCUUCGCUUGGACAUCCAUGGGCCCUCCUGAGUCUCACUGGAUCGCGCCCAUGAUCUUCUCAUGCCUCAUCGCCAUUGCCAAUUUUGCCAUCUACAUGAGCACGGUUGAUUACAUGAUCGCUGCAUAUGGCCCCUACUCUGCGUCUGCUACUGGUGGUAACGGUUUUGCACGAGAUUUCCUCGCUGGAAUCGCAGCGAUGUACUCAACUCCGUUGUAUGAGAAUAUCGGAAGCUCACGUCACACGGAGUACGCAAGCACCGUGCUUGCGUGUCUUGCUUUCAUGGUCACUAUCCCAGUGUACCUUAUCUACUGGAAGGGUCCCGUUAUUCGAGAGAGAUCCAAGUUCGCUCAGUCUUUAGAUGCCGAUCGACGUUCCAAGGGUGGACGUCGCGUCGUUGAAGCUCCUGAGGAGCAAUUGGAGCCCAAGAACCUUUGA